AUGAGCGAAGUGCCUGAGGAGUUUACGGACUCGGCCGAAGAGUGGGAGGCGCCUGUGCAGGUUUACCCGGCGGAGGAGGACAAGCCGCGGCGAGCACAGCAGCUGCUCGAAACGCUGGACGGCGAAGAGCGCGAGUUGGCAGGGGAGGUGGUCCCUGUGGAGUUUUGCCUGCCCGACGGGAAGAAGGUUCGCCGUGACCAUUUCAUGGGGCAGACCGUCGCCUACCUCAAGGCGCAGCUGGAGGACAUUGACGGUGUGCCGUACGAAGGGACAACGCUCUUUCUUGGCGACCGCCCACUUCUCGACCCGUUGUCCCUGAACGAUUUGCCCUUCAAGGGUGGGGAGUGUAAUUACGUCACAGUGCGUUUCUAUGAGUAG